UUUGAGUGGAAAGGCGGGAUGGCUUGCACCGCUUCGACGUGAGCGUCUUCGCCGGAGCAUUUUCUCUCCUCCGUCCGUUCAUCUCCGUCUCUCUCUCUCUCCUCCAAAAUCCAGGUGGGCUCCGUCUUCUCUCUCCGGUCCGUAUUUUGCCCAUUCUCCAUUCUCGAGACAGAUCCGAUUGCGGCUCUCCUGUUCUUCCUUGCUCUCGACGAUUUGCCUCCGUUUUCUGGGAACCAAACAGAAGUGAAACUGAAAGCCAACUUGUCUUCAUCUCUGGUUUGGAGGGAAUAUAUCGCUGAGUUUGGAAAUCUCUUGGGGGCUUGUGUCUUUUAUCGGUUCUGGGUGAUAAUGAUGAACAUCAACAGAGAUGAGGCUCUUAGGGCCAAAGAAAUAGCCGAGGGUUUGAUGAAAAAGGCAGACUUUACCGGCGCUCGGAGGCUUGUGGUGAGGGCUCAAAAGCUGGACAGCAACCUGGAGAAUAUCUCCCACAUGAUGAUGGUGUGUGAUGUGCAUUCUGCUGCAGCAGAGAAGGUGUUUGGUAACGAGAUGGAUUGGUACGGCAUACUUCAGGUUGAUCAAAAGGCGGACGAUGUUGCUAUCAAGAAACAGGUCAAGAAGCUCGCGUUUCUGCUUCACCCGGACAAAAAUAAACUCCCCGGCGCUGAAGCUGCCUUUAAAUUGAUCGCCGAAGCUCAGAGAAUACUUUUGGACAGAGAUAAAAGGUCACUCUAUGACAUGAAACGCAGAACCGGGAGCAGACCUGCAGGAGCACCGUCAUGUUAUGCACAGAAUGCUGUUCGGACAAGUCAGAACACUGGGAACAACUUCACAGGAUUCAGACCCGAGAACCAGAAACAGCAGCGAAAAACUCAAGCUCAACCAGCUGGUUUCUGUGGCGGUACAAGAUUUUGGACCUUGUGCCCGUUUUGCCAUAUGAGGUACGAAUACCCGAGGGUACAUGUCAACAAAGUUGUCACUUGUCAGAAAUGCAAAAGGCGUUUUACAACAUUUGAAGUCCCUUUUCAAAGUGCUCCAAGGGCCAUAAACUCGGUUCAAACAACUUUCUCCUUUCCCAAACCAAAACAUGUUCCAACUCGAGGGGCUUGCAAUGCAAGGCAGAACCAUCCGGAAGAUUCUGCCUCAUGUUUCUCUAGGAAGGAGAGUUUCCCUGUGUCAGGCUGUACUGCGAGAGGUUUGGGCGAAGCAACUUCUGGUAUUCCCCGACACCAAAAUGUCUCAAAUAAAAAUCCGUCAAAUGUAGAGCAGAAGCAUCCACAGACAUCCUCCUUGUAUCAUCCCGUAAAAGAUGGUACACCUGUUUCUGGUUGUAAUGCUAAGGUUGGCGCUGAAAACAUCGGUGGGAACAAAAAGAGAAAGAAAAUUGUUGAAUCCAGUGAAAGUUCUGAUAGUGAAAGUGUCGGCGAGUCUGAAGAAGUUAUGAUUGAAAAGAAAGGUGAUGUUAUGGCUGGACGAGGUUUGGGAUCUGUCGGGGGACAGAACCUUCGGAGGUCUCUGCGUAGAAAGCGGAACAUUUCCUAUAACGAGAAUUCGAGCGACAAUGAGCGCAGCUUUGUAAACAUCAAUCAAGGAGGGUCCAAGGAAAAGAGGGAAGCAGAAGCGGCUGAAGAGUCAAGAACCCGAAAGCAAUCGUGUAAGGACGGUUCGUGUAAUGGAACCUUGCCAAAUGGUAUAAACAAGAGCAAGAACUCUAAGGAAACAGAAAUCGACCAAGUGGGAGCCUCUAAGGAAAAUUCUGUUUUUCGUCGUGACUCUAAGAGUGAUUCAAGUUUAGAAGGACCAAGGAAUCUGGAAUGUGCUGAUCCAGAUUUCAACGCCUUUGGUGAGUUGAGGAAACAGAGCAAGUUUGUGUCUGGACAGAUCUGGGCUGUUUACGAUGCUCGUGAUGGAAUGCCUCGGUUCUACGCUUACAUCAGAAAGGUUUUUGCUUCCCGUUUCAAGCUUAGUAUAACGUGGCUAGAGGAAGAACCAGGUGAUGACAGUGGAAUUUCAUGGGUUAACGCAGAUCUGCCCGUUGCUGUUGGCAAGUUCGGGUUUGGAAUGACUGAAAACACGGUGAAUCAUGCCAUGUUCUCUCACGUGAUUUCCAAUGGAGAAAGAUACAAGAAGCCUCCUUUCAGGGUAUUGCCGAGAAAAGGCGAGACAUGGGCUCUCUUCAAGAACUGGGACAUCAACUGGUCUACUGACCCGGAUUCUCACCGCGAAUACGAGUAUGAAUUUGCUGAGAUCUUAUCAGACCAUUCUGACGUAGCUGGCGUAUCUGUUGCAUUCUUGCGUAAAGUGAAAGGCUUUACAAGUGUUUUCUGUCGGAUGCCGACAGUUGGAUCGGACACAAUUCAGAUUCCGGCUCAUGAACUGUAUCGGUGGUCGCACAGUGUCCCAUCAUUCCGAUUGACUGGGAAUGAAAGGGAAGACGUGCCGGAAGGUUCGUACGAGCUCGACCCGGCAGCUUUACCAGAAAAUACUGAAGAGAUAUCUGCUCCAGCGGUGGUGGAUUCAAGCCCGAUAUCGGAAACCCUAGAUGAUCAUCGCUCUCCGGCUUCAAACCCUGAUGGUAUCGUGAUUCCUAAACCCCGGUUCAAAGACUUUGAUGCUGAUAAAUCGGAGGAAAAGUUUCAAGUCGGCCAGAUAUGGGCAUUGUACGGGAAAGACGACGGCUUGCCCAAGCAGUACGCCAAGAUUCAGAGAGUGGAAAAGAAUCCGGCGCUUAAACUGCAGAUAACCUGGCUAGAGCCGAAACGGCUUCCAGCGAGCGUCGUCAAGUGGCGCGACGGAAACAUCCCCGUCUCGUGCGGAACUUUCGGCUUAACGAAAGGUCCGUCGCACACAGUGACCGAUGUGUCCGUGUUUUCGCAUCGGAUGGAAGCGGAAUCCUCGGGGAGAGGGAGCGAGUUCACCGUCCUGCCCGAGAAAGGGGAGGUGUGGGCGAUGUACAAGAACUGGAGCGACGGGAUAAAAGUGUCGGACUUGAAGAAGUGGGAAUACGACGUAGUGGAAGUGGUCGAAGUGGAGGAGGGCCGGGUGGAGGUGAUGGUGAUGGAGCGAGUAGGCAGGGCCGGUACGGUGUUCCAGAGAGGAGGAGGAGGGUGUGGGGUGAGAAGGACGUUCCCGAGAUCAGAGCUGAUGAGACUGUCGCAUAAAGUGCCGAAGUAUAGGUUAAGAGGGACUCUGAGAGGGUGCAUGGAGCUGGAUCCCAAGGCGCUGGCGAGAAACUUCUUCACUUCAUGACUCUCUUGAUGAUGAUGAUGAAUUUUGCACAAUCUAUGGUUUUUGUUUUUGGGGUUUAGAUUCAAGUAAUGAAAUUCACUGGGAUUUGUUUUGUGUUUUCUGUUUAGCCGAGUUAACAUUCCUACUUUUGUUGUUACUCUCCCCCUUUUGCACUUUCUAUAAAGGGCAUUUGGUCUA